AUGGAAAAAAGUGUACCGUUUCCAUCAAAAUCACAACGUAUAAAGCAAGCGAUAAAAAAACGCUGUCAGAUCAAACCACCCGUGACAUCUGAUCCUCGUUUAUUCCACCCACGGGCAAAAUCCGGUAUUAUUGCAUGCAUUGCUCUGGUAGCAACUGCAGGUGGGUUCUCUAGCACCAUUUAUUUUCCAGGUCUUCCAUACAUCACACGAGAUUUAAAUGCUACACCAAUUGCCACCACACUCACUGCUGCUUUAUUUAUUUUAUUCUCAGGGAUUGCUCCCGUCGUUUGGGCUUCCUUAUCGGAAUACUAUCAUCUACGUAGGUUCAUCUAUCUCGUUGCCAUGGUUAUCUUCAUGGUGACCUCCGUAGCAGCUGCCUGUAUCAACAACAUUUGGGCUUUGGUUGCUGUCCGCUGUAUCCAAUCCAUUGGUGUCUCUAGUGGCAUGGCAGUCGGUGCAGGAUAUAUCUCGGAUUUAUACCCUAUUGAAGAACGCGGUGCAGCGUUUGGUAAAUUCAUCUUUGGUGUGGUCUUUGGUCCCCUCUUGGGUCCCAUCUUGGGUGGCUUCCUGAUCAUGUCUGCGGCAGGUUGGAGAGCCACCUUUUGGUUUUGCUUUGCAUUCGGUGCCUUGAUUUUUUGUGUGACAUUUCUCUUUUUACCAGAGACUUUUCGUGAACCCACGUGGGAUAAACCAGAAGAAUUACCUCUACAUGGUGUAAGGGUAGAAGAAGAAGAAGAAGGGAAAAAGAAGUUGUUUAAUCCAUUUGCUGCAUUUGAGUUACUUAAACACCCAUUCAUUCUAUUAUCAUCUGUAUCUACAGGCUUUUUCUUUGGCGCCAUGUUUGCUACCGAGACUAUUUUACCCAACGCGUUCAAGAACAAGUAUGGAUUGAAUUCAUGGCAGGUAGGACUCUCAUAUUUGGGAGCAGGUAUUGGAAACCUAUCGGGUUCUAUGUUGGGUGGACGUUUAUCGGAUCGAUUGUUAUUAGCGGCACGAGCCCGUCGUGGGGAAGGCGCACCUCAUGUGGCCGAAGACCGAUUAACGAUGAACCUCUGGUUUGCAGGCUUUUUGUUUAACCCACUGGGGCUCCUUAUCUUUGGUUGGGUGGUGGAACGUGAACUUAGUUUUUGGGGUGCCAUUGUAGCGUUUGGUGUUCAAUGCUUUGGUAAUGUUCAGUUUGUGACGACAGUGACAGCGUAUUUGGUAGAUGCCGUCCCGGGACGCGGAGCUGCAGUGACGGCCGUAGCGAACUUUGUCAGGUUCACGUUUGCUUGUAUUUUAACCUUGAUUUCUACACCCAUGACUGAGGGUUUGGGUGCGGGAUGGACCAGCACCUUGUUCGCGUGUCUGUCUUGGUUGGGCAUCAGUAUCAUGUUGGUCUUGAAGAUUUGGGGGCAUCGGAUGCGUGCAUGGAGUGGGUUUUGA